AUGGCCUCAACUAAAAAUUUAAUAAUUACCGAUAACAAAUUAGAUGAUAACGUUGUUGAAUAUUUUAUUUUUUCAGCUGAAAAAAAUGGUGCACCGGCUUUAAAUAAGUCAUUUUUGAAUGAUGUAUUUGCUUUCCUUAGUUCUCAGUGCCAGAUUAGUGAAUAUAUCUGGCAGGCUGAACCAUUUAAUUUGCAGAUACUACCGGCUAAAGGUGAUAAGCCCCAAUGCUUAUACGGUCGAACGUAUUUUGGGGACAAUGUCGACGACGAAUGGUACAUCGUUUACCUGCUAUUUGAAAUUACAAGAAAAUUCAAACAUCUAAUUGCCAGGGUAACGGAUGAUGAUGGAGAGUUUUUAUUAAUUGAGUCGGCCGAUCAUCUACCUAAUUGGUUGGAACCUGAAACUGCUGAAAAUAAAGUGUUCAUUUAUAAUGGAAAAGUUCAUAUAUUACCUCAAAAACUGCCUACAACAAUGUCAUCAUCGACAACAACUUCAUCAUCAUCAGUACCUCUGCACGGUGUAAACAUUAAGCAGGCUUUAUCAUAUAUCAUUGAUAGUAAUAAUGAUGAUGAUGACAAUGAGGAUACUAUAUCAUCGUUAGCAUCGACUCUGGCUUCUGAUAAUAUGCAGAAUGAUAUCACGAAUAAGAUACAAGGCUAUCCUGAAAAGAUCUCAUCCACUUUUCACCACACGACAUGUUAUAUUCCCGUCAUUUUGGCGGCCAUCUUGGAUAUUCAUCCGACUAUCGUUUCUUCCCUCGUUCGAGCUUUCUACGAAAGAGAUGCCCUGGAUUUGAAGUUCUGUGUGACGUUCAAGCACUUUCAGCCUGGUACAAGGGUCAUGAAGAGGGUAAAACUGACCAGGUGCUUGUAUGCACAACUCACGCAGCAGGACUUUCAAGCUGAUAUCAGAAGCGGAUACCAACAUCAUCAUCGUCAUCAUCAUCAUCAUCGGCCAGAGCAAAAAGUUAUCAACUCGAAAUUCAAGGCAUACGACCUUGGUUCAAAGCUGGCCCAUGGAGCUGAGAUACUAUGCAGAAACGAGGAAAGUCUAAAAAUAACAACGUUGGGGAAUUCCAGUGAUGGUGAUGAUAUUCACGAGAAGUUCGACUCGGAUGAAAGUUGGCUCAAGUUCUUGAAGAAGCUAGAAGAUAGCGGCUACUUUAGGGAUGAAUUGAAAGACUCGAAGCGUUAUAGAGAGCUGUACGAAUCGAGUAAAUCAUUUUUCGUCAACUCCAUUUUACCAACAAUGAUGAAUAUAAGAGAGUCAGCGAGCCAACAACAUCCUCAACAACAACAACAGAAUUCACAUUUCAAUAAUGACGCCGAUACGUCUAAAGGCACCAACGACAACGACAAAGACAUCAACAACAAAGACAUCAACAUCAAUAACAACAACAGCAGCAGCAGCUGCGUUACUAGCAACAGCGUCAACAAAAACGCUGGCAAGAUAAUGUUAACGUUGUUGAAAUCCACUGUGGUUGAUGUCGAAGCGAUGAAAAAAGAAUCAGAAAAUAUCCCAUCUUCUGAUGGCUAG